AUGCAGUUAACAGAAGCUGAGUUGAAAAACUUGUCACUCAUUGAGAUUGAGAAUAUGUUGCAAUCCAAUCGAAGAAGUUUGCACGAAUUCAAAGACAUGCCUUAUCUGGAUGCUUAUGCCACACGGCACGUUGGGAACAGACUGAUUUACGAAGAACAUGAUUACAAUACCGAAACUGAGCGAGAAAACUUCAACAAUCUCUUUCGUGCCCUUACAGAUGAACAACGCUCAAUCUUUGAAAAAAUCAUGGAAGCUGUCGGAAAACAAAGAGGAGGGGUCUUUUUUUUACAUGGUUAUGGAGGGACCGGUGGGCGAACUGCUCAUUCCAAGUUCAAAAUUCCUGUGCCAACACUCGACAACUCCACUUGCAAUAUUGACAAAAACACUAAACAUUCUCAGUUAUUCGAGGCAACAGAUGUGAUAAUAUGGGAUGAAGCACCUAUGGCUCAUAAAAAUUGCUUUGAGGCAUUGGAUAGAACACUUAAAGACGUCAUGACCAAGAAGGGUCUUGGGAAUAAAAUCUUCGGCGACAAAGUUGUUGUUUUUGGAGGAGACUUUAGACAGAUUCUUCUAGUUAUUCCGAGAGUAGGGCGUUCUGAUAUUGUUCAUGCAUCCAUAUGCUCCUCUUAUAUGUGGUACUAUUGUCAGGUUCUAACACUAACAAAAAACAUGAGACUUCAGCAGGGAAGCGAUAUUACAAGUUCUAAGGAAUUAGCGGAGUUCUCAAAAUGGAUUUUAAAUGUCGGUGAUGGUAAGAUAUCUGAACCAAAUGAUGGAUUGGUGGACAUAGAGAUUCCUCAAGAUUUAUUAAUUACCAAUUAUGAAGAUCCUAUCAAAGCUAUUGUUGAAAAUACAUAUCCCAAUUUGGUUAAUGUAUUCCAAGAUGUUGCAUAUCUACAAGGAAAAGCAAUUCUUGCCUCAACCAUUGAAGUUGUGGAUAAGAUCAAUCAUUAUGUAUUGGACCUAAUACGAGGAGAAGAGAAAGAGUAUCUUAGUUACGAUUCAAUUGAUAGAACUGAUACGAGUUAUACCGAAGCUUAUGAAGUGCUAACUCCAGAAUUUCUUAGCAAAUUAAGAACAUCAAGUUUACCAAAUCAUAGAAUCAAAUUAAAAGUUGGUACUCCCAUUAUGCUUAUGAGAAAUUUGGACCAAUCAGAUGGAUUGUGUAAUGGAACAAGAUUGAUCGUUACAAGAUUGGCCAAUCAUGUCAUUGAGGCAAAAAUUAUUUCUGGCAAGAACAUAGGUAACUUUUUUUACAUUCCUCGAAUGUCUAUGUCACCUUCUGAGUCACUGUGGCCAUUUAAGUUGAUUAGGAGACAAUUUCCGAUUAUUGUCUCUUACGCAAUGACAAUUAAUAAGUCUCAAGGCCAGUCUCUUGAUAAUGUUGGGUUGUAUUUGCCUUCUCUCGUGUUUAGUCAUGGACAACUUUAUGUUGUAAUUUCAAGAGUUACUACAAAAAAUGGUCUUAAAAUCUUAAUAUACGACAAAGAGAAUGUUGGCAAAUAA